CAAACAAGAUGAGAAUGUGCUCAUAUAAAUCGUCAAAACUAUGACGAUGUGGUGAUUCCAGAUGCUUAGUAGAAUCCUUGACUCGACCAGGGGCAAGCCAUGCUCUUGUCCGGAAAACAAGCAAUGCUCAGCAUGCAAAUCGAAGGUUAUAAAGCCUAGAGUCCAUCUGGAAGACCCACAUCGCCUAACCAUACCCAUAGUGAUCAGUCGGUAUAAACACAGAAGCCCUGUUACUGUCAACAGAUCGACAGAGAAGCGUUGGCCCUACAGCUCGAAGAAAAGAGACGACACGCCGGCCCGACCGACCGCACUAUGCACAUGGAUUCGGAAGAAACGGGCCUUGAGGCAGCUGAAGCGAGAGCGAGAAAGGGAGAAACAACGGCAAAGGGACAUACUCAGGCGCGAAAGGGAGAUAGAGUUCAUUGAACAGUUACAAAGACAGCAAAAGUAUCUAGAAGAAGCAGAGCCAAAGAUAGUGCUGCCACCACCGAAGAAAGAAAAACCUAUAAAAGUAGCGCCACCACCAAAGAUUGUACCACUUAAGGCUCUCCCACCUCCGCCUGUUGAAAAGCCAAAGAAAGGCAAGUCAACGUAUGCAAAGCCCAAAGCCGAGUCGAGAUUCGUGUCUGUGAGGAAAGCUUGUUACCGCCAGACCAUUGGCGAGCGGUUCGUCAACUACUGCUACCGUUUUUGCUGCCAAUUGUACUGCUGCCUAACCAUCUUGCUGCUGAUCGGAGUGGCCAUUAUCCUCCUCAUAUAA